AUGGUUAACUUUUUGAUCGAAAAGAAGUUGCAAAUGACUAGUGUAGUCCGUCACUAUUAUUUCUUUUUCCCAAGGCCACGCUUAGCCAGGCCCUUUCAGGCCUCCGAAAGCGUUGCUUUAUGUCCCUUAUUCCUUGCCCCUGACUCCGCCUCCGCCUUCGCCUUCGCCUCCCGCAAUCCCCCCGACCUUUUACAAGCCAGCUUCUGUUCCCGGCCUCUUCGGAGAAAGGCAUCUCAUCUCUUUCUUUUUGCCUUCUUUUAUCUUUCCCUCUUUCUUUCUUUCUUUCUUUCUUUCUAUCUAUCUAUCUAUCUCAGUCUGUUCAUUAUCUAUCAAUCUAUCUAUUUAUCUAUCUAUCUAUCUAUAUAUAUAUCUAUCUAUCUGAGUUUGUUCAUUAUCUAUCUCAGUCUGUUUCCUUAUCUAUCUAUCUAUCUAUCUAUCUAUCUAUCUAUCUAUCUAUCUAUCUAUCUCAGCCUAUUCUUAUCUAUCUAUAUAUUUAAAGUUGAACCUUUGCCUCAAGAAUCCAUGAUUUUAGACGUUGUUACACAUGGCAUAACGCAUCUAUCUAUCUAUCUAUCUAUCUAUCUAUCUAUCUAUCUAUCUAUCUAUCUAUCUAUCUAUCUGCGUGGAGGGCUAAAUGUUGAUCUGAAAGAAGCGAUGUCUCUUUCUUUGAUUCCUUCUUUCUUUCUUUCUUUCUUUCUUUCUUUCUAUCUAUCUAUCUAUCUAUCUAUCUAUCGUGAGUUUUUAUAUGUCACAAGGUCAAACGAAAAAAAGACUUUCUCACACACGCAGUCAUCCGACCUCUUUCUCUCAUCCACACAUUUUCCCUCUCUCACCCCCCCUCACAAACUGUCUGUCUCUAUCACACACACAGACAUUAACAUAUACACAGUCUUCCCUUCUUUCUCCCUCACACAAAAUGCAUACUCACAUAAACACGAAACUGCUGAAAUUAUUUCUGUGUCUCUUAGUUCACAUCUUUUCUCUUUCUUUCUCUCUCUCUCUCACUCACUUUCAACACACUCCCUGUUGUUAUCAUUUCCUCUCAAACUCUCUCUCUCUUUCUUUCUUUCUAUCUCUCUCUCACUCUCUUUCAACACACUCCCUGUUGUUAUCAUUUCCUCUAAAACUCUCUCUCUCUUUCUUUCUUUCUUUCUAUCUCUCUCUCUAGAUCUAAACAGCUGUGUUGCCCAUCCGCGUCAUGUUUGCCACUAA